GACGAUAAUAUAGAUAAUAUAGCUGAUCAUCCAGCUUUCAUCUUCCCAUCCCCAAAGCCAAUCAAUCUGACGUCGGCCCCUUCCGACGCCGAUCUUAGCGCCGAUAACGACGGCGACUGCCGAUGCCCCGGAUAACCUCAACCUCCCUCCCCUCACCUACUUAUAACACUUUUCCUCCCCCACUCCCCUCAUUCCCAUCCAUUGAACAUCAAUAAACAAGGCAGGUCCUUGUCUUCAACCCCCCUCGAAGCCUAUACCACACUAUCUACGAAACAACAACAAACCACGAUGCCACCCCCCACCCUCCCCACGACCCCAACCCUCAACCUCACCCCCACCCCCCUCACCCGAGAGGCCUUCUCCCCCUUCGGCGCCGCAAUAACCUCACCACUCGCCCGCGACAUCACCAAUCCACCACCCCCCUCAACCCUGCAAACCCUCACCCCGGUCCCCAUCCUCGCCAACCAAUCCUCCGCAUUAAAAUACAGCCCGAUCUCCCCAAUGACCAACACCUACUCCAGCAGUCCAAGUAACCAGCCCUCCUCCGCCCUCAUGACCAUGUUCUCCUGCUUCCCUCGCAAACUGCGCUCUCUACCGAAGGAAAAGAAGAAUGUUUUCGACGUACGCAUCCUAGAACGUCACCCCUACACAACACAGACAUUCACCCCGAUUGAUCUGUCGAGUCGGUCCACUGCGGGAGGGGAAGAGGAGCCGGUUUACUUGGUUAUUGUGGCGCCGUCGGUGAAGGGCACGACUGUGAUGGCGAGGACGGAUGCAGGGGAGGAGGUUGGUGUGGUGGACCCCCCGGAUUUGAGUCGGUUGAGGGCGUUUGUUGCCACGGGUGGGCAGGCUGUUACGUAUGCGGCGGGGACGUGGCAUGCGCCGAUGGUGGUGGUGGGGUCCAGACGGGUGGAUUUUGUGGUCGUGCAGUUUGUGAAUGGCGUGGAUGGGGAGGAUUGUCAGGAGGUGGUGUUUGGGGAGGGGAUUGUCGUGGAGGUUGAGGGUGGGAGUGGGAGUGGGAAGGGGGGAGGUUGGCAAAGCUUUAGGGGGGAGGGUUUGUGUGGAGUGUGA